GGGAUUUACCAAGUGCACAGAGAGUGCUCACCACUGAAAAUAUGAAAUGAAUGUUUCCCUCUAUUAGCUCCAAAAUCAGCGCAUCCAGUGGAGAAAUGAUUCCAUCUUCCGGAACUUUCACUCGCAAACUCUGUACAACCCUCUUCCGCUCUCUCCCACUUACCCGUAAAACCCCUCGAAACUUCCAAACUUCACGCGCUCACUCUUCCAGAAACUUCCACUCACUAAACCCUCACCCUACUGCCAUUCACACUCUCAUCAGGCCCAUUUCUGUCCUUUCCAUUACUCAACGGUCUACAACCGUCGCACGCGCCAGACGAAGAUCGAGUAUCGCCGGCGUUUCAACCAUGGGCAACGGCGGAGAUAACGGCGUUACGUUUCAGUUAACUCCGUCGAGCUUGUUGAAGAUUCAAAAAGGUGAUAUCACUCAAUGGUCCGUAGACGGAUCCUCUGACGCUAUUGUCAAUCCUGCCAAUGAGCGAAUGCUGGGUGGUGGUGGUGCUGAUGGAGCCAUACAUCGAGCUGCUGGUCCAGAAUUACGAGAUGCAUGCUACAAAGUCCCAGAGGUACGUCCUGGAGUUCGCUGCCCAACAGGAGAAGCAAGGAUUACACCAGGUUUUAGAUUGCCAGCUUCUCAUGUAAUCCACACUGUUGGACCAAUAUAUGAUGCUGUCCCAAAUCCUAAAGCCUAUUUGACGAAUUCAUAUAGAAAUAGCCUGCGUGUGGCAAAUGAGAACAACAUUCAGUAUAUUGCUUUUCCUGCCAUAUCAUGUGGGGUCUUCGGAUAUCCUUUUGAUGAAGCUGCCACUGUGGCUAUAUCUACUGUCAAAGAAUUUGGCAGUGAGCUCAAAGAGGUACACUUUGUGCUGUUUUCAGAUGAAAUUUAUGAUGCAUGGUUGAAGGCAGCGAAUGAACUGUUGCAGAAUUGAUUAGUAUGUUUCUGAGCAUCUGGAAAAUGAAGUUUGUGGUGAUGGAUAUUGGAGAUGCAUAUGACACCGUAGGCAUGUAAAAUUUAUUGGAUUCAAAUUUAAUAAAUAAUUUGGAUUAUAUUUUAAAUAAACUAGUCCAAAUAAGUAUUAUGGGCUAAUACAAUUGAAUUAAGGGAAAUUACCAGCUAUGUCCA